UUGUUUUCUAUAAUAUGCCUAGCAUCAGGAGCAUCCAAAUCACAGAGUCGUUCGAUAGCGGAGGAGGCGGAUGGGACCACUGCUUCCUCCGAGACCUUCUGGCGUGGCAUCGCAGACGCCUCUGAUUCCUCCGCUCUCUCCGCCUUCACCCGAGAGAAGCUGUCUCGGGCCCUCUCCUCGGGAGGGUCAUCGGCCUCUGCUGCUGAAAUUGGUCGCAUGGGCGAGAUGGCGGUGUUUCAGUACCUGCAGCAGGCCAUUCGUCACAGUCAUCAGGAUGCCCAACUCACCUUCCCUAGCGGACAUCCGAAUCUAGGACUGGGGCGUCUGGUGGACUGUCGUUGGGUGAACGCCGAUUCGGAGUCCCGGUUGCCUUACGACAUCACCGUCACCCUUGAAGGUCUGCACUUCGCCUUGGCUCAUUUGAAAUAUGUAUAG